UAAAUGUAGUAGCAUAUUUUAAAGAUUAUAAAGUAAAAGCUAGAAAACAACAUAUAUCAGAUGCAAAUACACAAAAAAGACUAAAGUUUGAACUGAAUAUUUGGAACUUAGCAGUAAUAGAUAAUACUGAUUUUAAAGAAAAAACAUUUGUAACUAGUAAUUUGUUUAAUGAUACAAGAAAUACAGCUCAUGCCAUCUUGUGUAUAGUUUUUCAGUUUAAAAUACCUAAAAUUGAUAUAACAACUAUUUCAGUAACUGAUGUUCUUUAUGUCAAUCUUUGUGAAAAAAGCACAUUUAUAAAACAGUAA